AUGAGAUAUGUAAAUCUAAAUGUCAAGCUCUUCUCCAGAAAUCAUUUCACCACUAAUUGUGUAAUGGGUGUCGUUGGUCCAUUAGUAGGCUUUCAACUUCAAAUAUUGUACACAGUGGAAAAAACGUUUAAAGAAGUGUUCCAUAACGAAUGAUACUAAUGUAAUUUUUUGAAAAAGUUAUUCGUUUUUGAGAAAUUAAACGCGGUAAUUAUUCCUAAAGUGCGAUUUAUUUUCAAAUAGUCAACUUUCUUUUUCGAUUGUCGGUAUAGUUUGAAAAAUCAAGAUGUCAUCUGAAGAACCAUUUACAUUGAAGAGUGUUCGAAUGUCAUCUGAAGAAGAAGAACCAUUUUGUGGAGACACAUUGAAGAGUGUUCGAGCUUAUUAUUUAUUGAACAUGCUAGGUUAUAUAGACAUACCAAUAUGCAUAAUCGGUGUGAUCUUAAACAUGUUCAACGUGCUGGUGUUCACAAGGAGGAAUAUGACAUCACCUGUGAACUUAAUCUUCACUCAUUUGGCGUUUGUAAAUUUAUCAGAGCUGUUGGCGUAUAUAUCCUUAACAUGGAUAAACUGUGCAUAUUAUCAACAGGCCCAUUACCUUACUUUAGAAGACUGGACUUAUACGCGAGGAUUUUUUUCAUUACGAAGCAGAGAAUUGGCUAAUCUUUUUAACAACAUAUCGGUGUAUAUUAUAAUGGUGCUAGCAGUAUGGAAAUACGUUGCUGUAUUUUAUCCAUCGAAGGAAUCUCAAUGGUGCGAUAUGAAAACUACACGUAACACGCUGGUGGCAGGUUACAUCGUAUGCAUUUUGUUAGUCAUACCGGAGAAUUUGUCACAUUAUGUUGAAAGGGAUGUCGUAAGUUCGGCGGCAAAGAUGUACUUAUAUGGUAAUGAAAACCAUCCCAUCACGUGGAUUUACGUACCUAGUGCUGAAAUCGAUUCCAUCAUGUACUCUGAGUCACAAGUUGUCAAAGUAGGGUUGUAUGAAUUAUUGCCAUCGCUGGUGCUAUCAAUAUUAUGUGUUAGAUUGAUUGUCAAACAAUGGCUGGGAAAAGAACACCAAAGUACUUCUUUAAACGUUGAAAACCGCGGAGAAAAUCUCAAAAUGAAGCAACAAACCUAUCGAUCGAUAACAGUUGUGGCGUUAUGCUUGAGUUUCGUGAUUCCAUUAGGAUUACUCGACCUAGUAGAUAAAGUUUUUGUACGCGAUUAUCAUUCAGUUCAUUACGAAUGUUUUCAAAGCUUCAGAAUAAUAUUCAGUAUUUUGAAUUGCAUCAAUAAAUCCGUCACAUUUUUAGUGUAUUACGCCAUGGAUCAAGAUUUUAAAGUGACGUUCAAAUCUUUGUUCGACAAAAACAAUGCUUCUUUUUGGAAACUAAAGUACGUUUCUUUCAGCAAUACGAGAUCGAAUGAUGAAGGCUUAGAAAUUGGAGAUCGAAUUUAAGAAUGAUGGCUAGAUAAUAAUUUUAGAAAUCCAACUUUUGUGGCGAAAAAUGUGCGUGAUAUAGUUGGGGAGCCCACUUAAGGAUCUAUUACACCCCCUCCAUCCUCCGAGACAACUUUUUUCUUAAAGGAGAAGUCCUAAGGAACAUUUCUAGCCCUUGUACAAGAAAAAAAAAUGGCCCUACUUACAAAUGGCGGCCAUUUUGAUUGACAGGUCAGCCGAAAUCGCAGAUUUUGCGUUCCAACAUAGGACUUGCACAACAUUUUUCAAACCGUACAAGGGUAGAUCGAAAGAUCAGGCAAAAAUUUAUCACCUGUCAAAAUUUCAAGUGCUAAAGUGCUUUUUUCGAUUUUUGGUGAAUUUUUGAAAAUCAAAAUUAGGCCAAAAAUGAGGGGGAAAAAAUCAAAAUUUUACCAAAUUGACCAUGAAAGCUGAAAUUUGGGAUUUACCCUAUUUUCGACAUGACAAAUCGAUUGGAAACUGUUUCAAACCGUUUUGAGCAGUCCUGGAGCUUCCAGCAGACAAUUGGAACAAAAUUUCAUCAAAUGGAGUUGGAUAGCCGACAUUACUCUGCAAACAAAUUUCAAUACGCUACGAAUUCAACUGCAGGAGGAUUUCAAGUCGUUUUGGAGCCUCCAGCGAUUUUUUGAAAAUUAUUGGAGCCUCCAUUAGAUUUUUGAAACUCGAAAUUUCCGCAAAAUUUCAUCAAACUGAGAUAGAAAGUCGAAAUUCAUUCUGCAAACUAACUUCAAUGCGCUACAAAGUCGACUGCUGGUGGGUUUCAAGUCGUUUUGGAGCCUCCAGCGACUUUUUGAAAGGUCGUAAGGCGUUUUUUGGAAAAUUGAAGUUUCCAAAAAGUAGCUGGAAGCUUCAAAACCAUUCUAAGCCACCAUGUAGUCGACUUCAUAUCGUAUUGAAAUUCUACUAGAGGCUCCAGUGAUUUUCAAAAAGUCGCUGGAGGCUCCAAAAUGACUUGAACUCUUCUGAAGUCGUGUUCAGAGGGUCUUCAAAUUAGAGUGUAGAGUAAUUAUCAGCUUUACAUCGACAUUUUUGAUGAAAUUUUGUGAAAAUUCAAAGUUUCAGAAAUAUGCUGGAGGCUCCAGUAAUUUUCAAAAAGUUGCUGGAGGCUCCAAAACGACUUGAAAUCUACCUGCAGUACUUCGUAGCGCGUUGAAAUUAGUUUGCAGAAUAAAUUUCAGCUUUCCAACUCCAUUUUGAUGAAAUUUUGAGUUCCAAUAAUCUGCUGGAGGCUCCAGAACUGCUCAAAAUGGUUUGAAACAGUUUCCAAUUUUGAUUUUUUCCCCCUCAUUUUUGGCCUAAAUUUGAUUUUCAAAAAUUCACCAAAAAUCGAAAAACGCACUUUAGCACUUGAAAUUUUGACAGGUGAUAAAUUUUUGCUUGAUAUUUCGAUCUACCUUUGUACAGUUUGAAAAAUUUUGUGCAAGUCCUAUGUUGGAACGCAAAAUAUACGAUUUCGGCUGACAUGUCAAUCAAAAUGACCGCCAUUUUGUGAGUAGGGCCACUUUUUUGUUUGAGCCCAAGGGCUAGAAAUGUUCCUUAGGACUCCCACUUUAAGAAAAAAGUUGUCUGGAGGAUCGACGGCGGGGGGGGGAUGCAAUUGAUCCUUAAGCGGGCUUCCCGACUAAUAACAUAAUAUGGGGAAAUUAUUGGUUAUUGAGUAACCGCAUUCUAUUAUGGAUCUAAUUUGACCUGGCCAGAUCGGAUCAGAUCUGUUCAUCCCCCCGAUCAGAUAAAAUAAGAGACCUGAUUGAAUCUGACCAGUUCUGAGUAGAUCUGAUCUGACCAGAUCCAGACACACUACUCACAUCCAAUUAGAUCUUACAAGAUCGGAUUAGACCUGUGCAGAUUUAAUCGGAUGCAGUCAUUCUUCUCUUGGGAACGACUUUUAAAAAUUUUAAAAAUAUUUUUCAUUCAAUGCAUGGGUUUUGGUGGCCUUUAAGAGAAAAAUUAUAGCUUCUUAUAAGUAGGUAGGUAUUGUAAUAGAUAAGCAGAUUUCUUUGUUAUGUACAUAUUAUUUGUCAAAAAUUUAUGUAUGUGUAUUUAAGUUAAGUAUGUACUUAUGUAUCAUUCAAAAAAUCUUCAAAUUAUAAAAAUAUUAUACCCGUACAAACAAACUGAGUUCUUAUGUACAUAAUAAGUAAUUAUUAUCGUUUUGGUAGUUGUGUUUCAGCUACUCUCAAUGAAUGCAGCAAUGUUCAAUUCCCCAAAUCCAAAUUUCACCAUUACCAGCCAUUCUAAAGCCUCUGUUUAUGUACUAAGAGCAUUAUUUUAAAAAUAGAUUUUAUAUUGUAGGGUUCAGAGUUUAAUGUACGUAAUUUCUCGCGGUUCCCACGAAAGCGGAUCGCAACAUCUGUAUGUGUGCAUUAUUUUUAAAAAAAAACUAAAAACUAAAUAUAAGCCUGCAGUCAAUUAGAAGAGACACAAGCCUGCAGUCCAUUACACUCCUCCAGAUGUGAGUUAUGUUACAGUAUCGAGGGUGAGAUGGAAUGGGCGAGGUUCGCGGUUAUUUGUGUCCCCUUAUUAUACACAUAUGACCUUUUAUGGUAAUACCUGUAAGAAUAUUUUACUCGUACUUUAAAAAAUAUAGAAAAAACAGUUGUAAUACUGACGUCGUCGUGUGCUCAUGCGUUUUUAUUUCAUCUCCUCCGAGUAUUU